AUGAAUGAAUUUACGUGUAAAAAAUAUGUGAUAUUACUAAUAAGUUUAACUGCUUUGGUCCUGAGUCUCAUACCGCAAGCGAAUGCCAAAUGUAUUUGGUAUGGUCAAACACAUCAAGAAGGACCACAUUGGAAAAAUAAAGUAUACAAUGGGGAUGCUUUACCGUUAAAAAAUGCCGAAGCUGAGGCCAUAUUUAAAAGAAGAUGUCCCACACUUUACAAAGAAUAUAAAGGAGAAGAUGGACAAGCUGAAUUGGAAUUAUGUUGUGAUGCCGCACAAAUAGUUACCAUGGACCAGGGUAUCACACAAGCGGAUGGUAUCUAUUCUCGCUGUCCCACUUGUGUUUUAAAUAUGGGUUUAGCUAUUUGUUCCAUGACUUGUGCCAAAAAUCAUAGUCUUUUCCUGACACCCUAUACGGAUGUCAAUAGUGCCAAAGAGGAGUAUGUCAAAAGCAUAGACUAUCGGGUGGAGGAAUCAUUUGUAGAGAAAAUCUAUGAUACAUGUAAGGGUAUACAACAUUCGCAGACAGGUAGACCAGCCAUGGAUUUAGCCUGUGCCCCUUAUAAUGCUCGAUCGUGCGAUCAUCGCAAAUGGUUUAAUUUUAUGGGUGAUACAGAGAUUAAUGAGUACGUACCUUUUCCCAUCAAAUAUAUUUACCUAAAUGAAAGUUCGGAUGAGGAACGUUUAGAGCUAUUUCCGUUGGAAUGUUCUGAGGCUUAUGAAAAUUCAUAUGCCUGCGCCUGUAUGGAUUGUUCCGACUCCUGUCCCUUAACUGAAAUACCCAUAGCCUAUGAAGAUGUAUUUCAUUUGGUGGGCUUGUAUGGAAUAGCUGUAUUUGUAAUAAUAGUGGUGGCUUUAGUGGUUUUUGAAAAAUGUCGUUCUAAAUUGAAUAUACCAAAAUGUUUUGCUGGAUUUGGUUGUGCUGAUAGUUUGCUCUAUAAAGGUUUCCGUAGUUGGGGAGCUUUCUGUGCCAAAAAUCCGGUUUUAGUUUUAGCCAUUUGUUCUUGGGUAAUUGGCGGUUUGGGUUAUGGUAUUACCAAAAUGAAGGUUACCACAGAUCCGGUACAACUAUGGGCCGGGGAAGAUAGCCAAACAAGGCAAGAAAAGGAAUAUUUUGAUUCACACUUUGGUCCUUUCUAUAGGACAAAUCAACUUUUUAUUAAACCUACCAAUAAGUCCUUUUUUACCCAUAAUACCAACGAUGGCAAUAUAACCUUUGGUCCGGCUUUCGAGAAAAGUUUCUUGCUGGAAGUUUUUAAGCUACAAGAAGCCAUUGAGCAGAUAGGCGUAGAAGAUGACAUUGGUUUGGACAAAAUCUGCUAUGCUCCAGUUCUGUAUCCCGGAGAAGUGGGCACUAUUAAAAGCUGUGUGGUCCAGUCGAUUUAUGGUUAUUUCCAAAAUGAUCUGGAGUUAUUUGAAACAGAAUAUGAGGAUGAGUUUGGUUAUACUAUUAACUAUUUGAACCAUUUGGAAGAAUGUUUGAAUGUCCCCAUGAUGGAAAAUUGUUUUGGGGCCUAUGGCGGUCCCAUUGAACCGGCUAUAGCUGUGGGUGGCAUGCCUAAAGUAAAGCCCGAUGAAGAUCCCAAUUAUUUGCUGGCUACCGGUUUGGUUAUAACAUUUUUGGGUAAAAAUCAAAAUGAUGAAGAACUAUUGGAGCCAAAUUUGGAAUGGGAAAAACGUUUUAUAGAUUUUAUGCAAAACUAUACAAACGAUAAGUUAGAUGUAGCUUUUUCGGCAGAACGUUCCAUACAAGAUGCCAUUGUCGAGCUUUCCGAAGGUGAAUUCUCCACUGUACUCAUCAGUUAUCUGGUAAUGUUUGUCUAUGUGGCCAUCGCCUUGGGUAAAGUGCGAAGUUGUGUGAGUUUUUUCCGUGAAUCUAAAAUCAUGUUAGCUGUUGGUGGAAUUAUCAUUGUAUUAGCAUCUGUGGCCUGCAGUUUGGGUUUUUGGGGUUAUUUAGAUGUGGUCACUACCAUGUUGGCCAUUGAGGUUAUACCUUUCUUAGUUUUGGCUGUGGGUGUUGAUAAUAUUUUCAUUAUGGUCCAUACCUAUCAUCGUUUGGAGCGUCAAAAGUAUGCUACUGUAGCAGAGGCUAUAGGAGAAGCUAUAGGUCAAGUAGGUCCUUCUAUUUUACAAACGGCCGCCUCGGAAAUAGCUUGCUUUGGCAUAGGUGCCAUUUCGGAUAUGCCUGCUGUAAAAACGUUUGCCAUGUAUGCAGCUGUAGCCAUAUUUUUUGAUUUUCUAUUCCAAAUUACUGCCUUUGUUGCAUUAAUGGCUUUAGACGAACGCCGCUAUGAAUCGGGCCGUUUGGAUUUGUUUUGUUGCUGUAAAUUGGGCAAACAGCCAGAGGUGAAUAAUUCAGUUAGCUUAUUACAGAAAUUCUUUACCAAAUUCUAUGCUCCCUUCUUGUUGUCCAAACCCAUGAAAAUCAUAGUUUGUGUAUUAUUUUUUGUUAUAACGUCUUUAUCUUUGACGGUUACACCUAAUUUAGAAUUGGGUUUGGAUCAGGAAAUGUCUAUGCCUAAAGAUUCUCAUGUUAUUAAAUAUUUUCGUUAUAUGGAUGAUUUACUGUCUAUGGGUGCACCGGUUUAUUGGGUUAUUAAACCCGGUUUGGAUUAUACAAAUCGUUCUCAUCAGAAUUUAAUUUGUGGUGGGGUGGAAUGUAAUAAUAACUCAAUGUCGGUACAGUUAUAUACCCAAUCACGUUAUCCGGAUAUCACCUAUCUUGCUCGACCAGCUUCAUCGUGGAUCGAUGAUUAUAUCGAUUGGUUAGCUAUUGGCGAUUGUUGUAAGAUGAACUCAACAGACGGCACUUUCUGUCCCAGCAAUUCCAAAGAAGAUGAAUGUAUUCCCUGUAAACGAGAAUUUAUGGAAGAUGGUCUACGACCAACGGAACAUACAUUUAGAAAAUACUUGUCAUAUUUCCUUUCCGAUUUGCCAGAUAAUGAAUGUGCUAAAGCUGGUCGAGCUUCAUAUGCAGAUGCUGUCAUCUAUACCUUGGAUAACAAUGGCUUAAGUGACAUAUUGGAUACCUACUUUAUGCAAUACUCCACUACCUCAACAACUUCGAUACAAUUCUAUUCAGCCCUCAAAGAGGCCCGACGUGUAGCCAGUGAAAUCAAUGAAAUGUUUAAAGAAAACAAUGUGGAUGCCACCAUCUUUCCCUAUUGCGUAUUCUUUAUAUUCUAUGAACAAUACCUGACCAUUUGGGAUGAUGCCAUAUAUUCUCUGGGUAUAUCGUUACUAGCCAUUUUUCUGGUCACUUUCAUUAUAACUGGCCUAGAUAUUAUUUCCGCCUUAUUGCUGCUCUUUAUGGUUCUAAUAAUAUUAAUUAAUAUGUGCGGCAUGAUGUGGGCUUGGAGUAUAACUUUGAAUGCCAUUUCGCUCGUUAACUUGGUGGUGUCAGUGGGUAUUGGUGUGGAAUUUGUUUCGCAUAUUAUACGUUCCUACAAAAAUGCUGUCGGUACAAAAGAUGAACGUGCUCAACACGCCUUGUCGGUAACGGGUAGCAGUGUUCUAUCUGGUAUUACUCUUACCAAAUUUGCCGGCAUUAUUGUUUUGGGCUUUUCGAAUUCCCAAGUUUUCGAGGUAUUCUAUUUCCGCAUGUAUUUGGGUAUAGUUUUAAUUGGAGCUGCUCAUGGUUUGAUAUUAUUGCCGGUGUUAUUGAGUUUUUAUGGGCCUCGCGGUCCCCACAAGAAGGAUGUGGAAAGUUAUGAUUUAAGUUAGAGUUAGAAUUAAGGAUUUUGUGUUUAUUUUCGUAAGUACAAGUACUUAGAUUAAAAAGGAUAUGUAUUAAGUUUUAGCUUUAGUUAAUUAAUAACUAGUUUAUAAGAAUAAAAUGAUUUCAUUUUGUAUAUUAAAA